CAGUAUGAGAACUGUCACUGUCAAAAUGUAAAUAAAAAAUUAAUGGUCCUCACAGUUUUAUCCACAAAUUACCUAAAAAUAUCUUAAUUUACUUUAAGUAAGAGAAAUAGUGUAAGUUAAUAUAGUGAUACACUAAAAAUGGAUAGUAUAGGGGCCGAGGUUGGCCAAAAAAUGAGAAGCGCUAUAAAAGCGAAAUUAUUGGAACUGGAGUGUUACGUAGAUGAUGAACUUCCUGACUACAUAAUGGUUAUGGUAGCAAACAGGAGGACCAAGUCUCAAAUGAACGAGGACCUAAACCUGUUUCUAUCCACUAAAACUUCAACUUUUGUGAACUGGCUACAUAUUGUACUAAAAAAGUUAAAAGAGGUCACCGUUACUAACCCAGAAGUGUACAAAAAGGCUGUUAAGAGAAAAAGUGGUGAAGUGCCGCCCGAUGAUAAGAGUUGUUUAAAGGUUAAAAAGGAAAAAUCGCAUAAGAAAGUAAAAAAAGAAUCUUUGCUGGAAAAAUCUGUAAGAGAAAACAACAAAGAAGACACUCAGCUGAUCCCUCAAACAGAUGACCCACCAGUUUCAUCAAACAAGUUAUCAGAAAAUCGCAAAAUUAUUAUUGAACAUGAAGAUAACAACCGACAAGAGAUUGCCGAAGAUAGUUUUGAUAUCCCUUUGCUCUCUGAGGUAGGUGAAAUGAAUGAAAAAGAACUUGAAGACAUAGAAAAAAAGAUUAAAAGUGUCAAAAGUCGUUUGGGUUUACUGGUCAACAGUGAUACAGAAAAUGAUCAUGAAAAUGUAAAAUCAGAAGAGGAGAACAGUUUAGCCAAAAAGAGACAAAUAAGUGUCUUAGAAAAUGCCAUUUUAGAAUCAAAUGAUGAAGAAAAUUCACUUUUAAGCAAUAGGGAAGUUGAGUUGGACGCACCAGAGAGCGAAGACAAACCGAAACAUAAAAGAAUUACAUUCGAUUUUGAGCCCGAAAGUGUUUCUUUAAGGUCAAGGUUGGAAAACAGACAUAGAAAUCGGUCCAGGGAAAGAUCCCCGAGGACCCCACCGCCGAGGAAAAAAGUUUCUGUUUUGGAGAGGUUAGAGAAAAGGCCCAGUCCUAGCGAGAGGUCUCGGGGCGAACACAGAGAGAAGGACAGAAGAAAUUCUAGGAGAAGAAGUACUUCAAGAGACCGAGAUCGGUAUCAGAGACCCAAGGAACGUAGUAGAGAUCGGGAAAAAAGGAGCAAAAGUAGAAGUCCCGUAAGAUCCCGAGAAAAGAGCGCGGAAAGAACAAAGAAAAUAGGUAUAUUGGGUCGUUUGGGUGUCCAAUCGAAAGUGGCGGUAAUAAAGAGGGCGGCGCCCCAAAAGAGCGACAGCGAGGAAGAACCGACGGUCAGGGAGGUGCGGAGCGCGAUCAAAGUGAAACCGCGGGUCCUGCCGGUCGGAUGCGCGCAACCGAAUAAAAAUUUACUGCUCAAAGCGGUGGCGGAUGCGCAGAGGAGCGUCGCGCAAACACCGACGGUCGGCAAAGAAGUCGCCGAAAAGUUGUUUACCAAGAAAUAUGUGGAAAAGAGACAAAACUCGACGAGCGCGGCAGAAAUUCACUUAGAAACCGAACGAAAAAGUGAAAUUCAGAAGAUCAUCCGUCAGUCCUCGAGCAGAAUGAGAAGUCGAUUGGAGAAGUUGAGUAGCGAUGAGGAGCAGGAGGUGGUGGGGUACGAUCUCAGGGAGUACGUUCCUAGGUCAGUGAAACAGGUGGAAAGGAACUCGCCUAAAUAUGUCCCCUCGUCAAAAAGCUCUCUUGAUACAGAAUCAAAAGAAAACAACGUUACGAGAGAGAACGGACACCAACAGUUUAUAAUAACACUAGACGGUGUAGAAAAGCCCUCGCAUUUAGAGAAAAAAAUCACUAUAAAAACCAGGCUCGAAAGAAGCGUCGCAAACAAAAAACGUUCUCCGUCCCCGAUCGUUUUUGAUAAACAAAAAAAUGUUGCGAAAAACGUGAAAGCGAGCCGACAAGUGCCCGAUAAACUGCCCGUAGUGCGUCCGUCACCAUCUCUAAAAAAUAAAGAAAGGUGUAGAUAUUGGCCCAACUGUAGACAAGGCGACAAAUGCGAAUUCGUCCAUCCGUCGGAAACUUGCCAAAUGUUCCCGUUAUGCAAAUUCGGCGUCAAUUGCCUCUAUAUACAUCCGAAAUGUAAAUUCAGAAGUUCAUGCACUAAGAAAGAUUGUCCUUAUGACCACGGCGAUGUCGGAUCUAAUUUGACAGGUCCUAAAAGUUCCCCGGCUCCUCCACCCCAAAACUGUAAGUUUUACCCGAACUGUACCAACUUAAAUUGUCCGUUCUUCCACCCGAAAACGUGCAAAUACGGGAAAUAUUGCAAAAACUUUAAGGACUGUCCGUUCUCGCACCACCACAACGGUUCCAUUCAUAAAAGUUUAACGUGGAAAGCGAAGUAAUUCAACGUUAUUUAGAAAGUUUAUAUAUAUAUAUAUUUUCUGUGUGUAUAUAUGGAUUGUUAAUGCA